GUUAAGGCUGACGAUUUUUCCGGUGCAGCUAAACUCACAGAUUAGCAAUCUGUCUUCCACUUCAUCCAGAAGUUCAAUGCAAAAAAAGUUGAUUUCCAAUGAGAAUCAACAAGUUACGGUGGAGAAGAGAUAGAGUGUCUUAACUGAGCCCAUUGUGCUGCAGGGCUUGUUGCUGCACCAGGGAGAGGCAUGUGAGCCUUUCUGGGUUUCAAAAAGUUCCCGUUUACCCGGAGAUUGUCCAAAACAAGUCCGACAACUGCAGGACCAUUGGGCUUAUAAGGAAGACAAGCCCGAUUUGGAAACGGCGCCACGGACAGUUUACCAUGUUGAUGGAUUUUAUUUACUCUAAAAAUUUAGAUUAACAACUUGUAGCACCAACUCAUAAUGAAUCGAGAGGAACGAUACGAAGGGACUGGCUUAAAGGAUGUCUAUGACAUACUAACCAGUGUCCCACCUGAGCAAAUCUUGAGCCUGACAUUCCAGCUUGAGGAGUCUCCUGAAGAUAAUAUCAUCCACGCUUUGUGUCUGAUCAUUCUCCGCAAAGAAGAAAAAGCCCUAGACAUACUCCAUACGCUUGAGAACAACGACCUUGCCAGGCAUCUUGCUGAAAUAUGGCGUAAGAGCGGAUGUAAAUUACAAGACUUUGCAGAGCUCUGUGGUAAAUCUCCGGAUUUAACAGGAGAAUCUUUGGCGGCGUUGGCUCGUGUUUUUAAAAUCCUGUCCGAACACAGACUCUGCGAUCAGCUUUUAAGGAAUCAGGCGUACAAGAUUGCCCUUUCCAGCCACGGUGAAAGAUCAGACGAUGGUGAGGAUCUUUUAUACCAACAACUCAAAGAAGAAGCUAAAAAUGUGUGCGGGCCUCAGCUUGCCGUGUGGUUGGGUUCAUUUAAGAACCUCGAAUCGGGCUCGUACGAUGAAACUCAGGCCGACGGCGCUACAACACAAGAUCCGUGUCUUUCCAGCCUGCUUCCAUCGAGCUGCUCUGAGCCAUCAUAUCCCUCGCAUCUGGAGAUCAGUUUGCCUUCAACGAUCCCGUACGAAGAGGACCAAACAACCCCAGAAGCACCAGGAAACCCUGAACAAAUCCCUAAUGACUGUCAAAGUAAUACUUCUGAACAAUCUCAUCUUUUAUCCGUGGAACUCCAACCGACAUCCGAUGAAUCUCCCGAAGCGGAAGAACCAAAGAUGGACACAGCAUUGGAAACUGAGCAGGGCAAGCAUCAGGAACAGGAGUUAACCCAGACAGAACCUUGCAACCAAAGCACCACGCAAAAAACACAAUUUUCCACAAACUAUACUCCGACCAAAAAAACAGAGACACUCAGGGCGCACUUAAGUAAACGUGUUGAAGAAGAGGAUGAAGCCAUAUUUUAUUCAUUCGUCAUCUUUCACGCUGUAGAAGACAGCGAACUGGCCGAGAGGAUGAAGGAAAAACUGGAGACUGUCAUCGGUGAGGGUCAGGGUGCGACGUUCUUCGGGGACUUUGAGCUACCGGGCAUGAGCACCCUGAAGUGCAUCGAGGACGCCAUCAACAACUCGGCUUUUACCGUUCUGCUGCUUACCCGAAACUUCAACACACGCAUGUUGGAGGUGAAGACCGACUCGGCCUUGACCAACUCUAUUAGCAACCUGCACAAGUACAACACCGUCAUACCUUUGCUGCCAAAGGAGAACGGCAUGCCCAGACGUGACCUGCCCAUGGUACUGCGGACGUUUGUUCCGCUGGAAGAGAACAAAAGCUUUGAAACCAAAAUAAAAAAGGCAUUAUCGCCGGCAAAAAUUAAUCGGCAGAGGAGCAUUUGGUCGGAAGAGAGGAGAACACAUCAAAGGGGGUUGCCUCAGGGGCGCGUAGCACAUAUGCUGGAAAAUCUCAACUUCAAGGGCUCAGUGGACUUUUCCAAUGCCGCAUCGGUUUUAGAGCCGCAUCGGAACAUUCAUAUUGCAAAUGCCAACUAUGUGAUGAUCGGUAACGACUCUCAAAUGACCGUGGAUUAUUGUGGCGUUGCAGAGAGAGACAUCCAAUUGUUAGAGAAAACAGGGAAUAAAUAGAAGAUUUGGGGUUAAUAAUUAUAAAACAUCAAGGAAUAAGAUUCUCUAUUUUUUAACACUAACAGCUACCUGGUUUUAAAAGCUCGUGGGUGUAAUUACAAUCACGUGAACUGCUGCAUUUCCAAGUGUCUCCAUAAAAAAAUCAAUAAAACUGUCUAGUGAAAGGAGUCAAAUGAAUUGUCGCUACAGUAAAGUGCUGGAUUCAUGUUUAGCUGAACACUGCCAUCUACUGACAAAAGUGUGAUUUACAAUUCAUUAUUGCAGUUCUCAACAGUAGUUGUAGUUAGUAGAGCUGGGAAUCUUUGGGCACCUAAUGAUUCGAUUACGAUUCAGAGGCUCCGAUUCGAUUAUAAAACGAU